AUGAACGCGCGCAACUCCUUCCUACGACUUCCUGUCGAGGUCAUCCAUCUUGUGCUAGAGCUCGUGGCGGUCUCUCUCGACGGAAGUCGCCUCAAGAGCAGCGGAAGAUCUCUCCUGCAGUCCUACUGGCGCACUCUUGCCACCGCCAGCAGUGACCUCCUCCCCGUCUCCCACACGUGCCGCCGCUUGCGCACAAUCACGCUUUCACACCGGACGUUAUGGCGUACUGUUAUCGCAUCCACGAACUUCUACCACCCCUCGUUGAUGUCUCGAAAUGAAGAUAUUCCUCUGAUCGUCGUCAUUCCUACUUCACACAAUUACUUCAAGAGCUUGGAUCAUUUCUAUGCCACCAAAAGCCAUCGAUUCCAGGCUCUACAUCUGAGCGAUCUCGGACAUCGCCACUACAACUCCUUCAGAACCCUCUUUUCAGGAAGCUCGAUGCCUAUACUUGAUCGCUACUCCGUCGACGGAAGGUCUGGGUCUCUAAUGAAAUGGCCUUCGGACGCACUGCCGAUACCCGAAGGGUGCGCCAACAGUCUUCGUGUCCUCUCAAUCAAAGGGGUUCCCCUAACUCCGUCAUGUCCUCUUCCAAACCUCACCCAUCUUGCGUUAUGGGCAGUGGAGACCACGGGUCUCUAUCGCAAGCUCCCAGACGUUCUUCGGCAUUGUCCCAGUCUCGAGGCUUUGGCUUUGAUCAGAAUACGAGACAAAGAUGGAGGAAACUUCCCGCUUCUAUCGACCCCUUACAUUCCGUCGUAUGACGACUAUCCCGAUCUGCUCCCACGUCUCCGUCGAGUUACAUUCGCCGUCUCCGAUUACCUGGAUCACUCGAGUGUCAUCGCUCUCGAGUUCUUUCUCGCCCUUAUCUCCUCGCGGAAACAUCAAAUCGCCGUCCAGAUCCUUCCAUGUCGUGUCGAAGACGAACGGGAGAGCGGUGCUCUUGGGGCCCGCCUCUCGCAGCAAAUCACAAACGAUCCCUCCAUUCUGGCCUACCACAUUGACUACAGCUCCAUGGAAUACCCCAACCGCAUUCUCUCCCUCACCCUUCUCCAACCAAACAGCGCGUUCCAUGCUGUUGUCCUCCAAGAGGAGGGCUUCGGGCCCGAAGACCAGGCCAUCUUCUCCCUCUGGUCCGAACGGCUCUUCCACACCACGGGCGCAUUCCGCGCCGUGCGCGAAGUCUGGAUCACCACCGACAGCCAGCCCGGGCACCACUACUACCACAUGCUCCGGCGCGAGCUCGCGUCGCUCGCACAGAUCGAGACCCUGGUCACCGCGUACGACUGCUCCGGGUACCCCGUCCUCCCCGACCCGACGCUCGAGAUGUGCCCUCGCCUGGGGGACGCCGCCGCCCCGUGCGCGUGGACGCGCUUCCGGACGCUCCGCCUCGUCUUCGCGUACGGCGCGCGCCGGGCGGACACCUCCCCGCCGGACGAAGACUUCGCGCUCGAGUCCGGCGCGUUCUUCGACGAGCCCGCCUUCCCCGGCCCAAGCCCGCUCCCGUGGCCUGGUGCGCGCCAGCAGACGCUGCGCUUCACGGCGAUGCUCGAGCGGCUCGCGGACGACGGCGCGGGCGCGGGCGCAUUCGCGCACCUGCGCGCGGCGGGCCUCGUCGUCGCGCUCCCACCACAAAUCACGGCGCACGCGGAGGACCUCGCUGGGCUGCGCGCGCACUUCGCGGACGUGCGCGUCGAGCGCGCGGACGUGCCGCGGAUCGUGCCCGAGCUGCCGGCGUUCUGCGAGGAGCGCGAGAUGGGGAGCGAGCGGCAGCGGGAUCCGUUCUGUCCUUGGGCGGGCGCGCGGUGGUGA